UCCAAUCACAGCUGAUCACAUGUAAAUAAGGAAAUACCGGUUAUCGGCAUUCCUCUCCUCACCAGCUGUCACACUGACAGUGAUCAUCAAGGCACUGAUCAGUGCCCUGAUGAUCAGUGUAGCCCCAUCAGUGCCACCUGUCAGUGUCCAUUAAUGUCACCUGUCAGUGUCCGUCAAUGCCUCCUGUCAGUGCCAAUCAAUGCACAUCAAUGCCACAUAUCAUUGCUAAUCAAUGCCACAUAUCAGUGCCAAUCAAUGCCACAUAUCAGUGCCUACCAGUGCACAUAAAUGCCACAUAUCAGUGCCCAUCUGAGCUGCCUAUCAGUGCUAGUCAG